AUGGGGAGAAAGGGGAAGAAAACGAUACCACAGAAGCCCAACUCGGGGCUUACGGUAGGGGAGAUGUGGAGGCAAACACGUGGAGCCUCCGAAUCCAACCUUGCGGCUCUGCAUGGCGGGUGCUCGGAUUUCUCCGAGGAACUAUCCCAGGAGGAGGAGGAGGGAUACUCACAGCCUCUUAAACCACCACAGAAGGCAAAACAAAGUGUCAUGGGAACAGACACAGAGCUGAUCACCACAGCGGUCCUGAAGGCAUUAUUAGCAGACCUGAAACGCAGCAUCCACAAGGAUGUCACAGCGCUCCGUGCAGGCUUGAAAGGCCUGACAGGACGCAUCUCCAAACUAGAGGGCUCCUCACAAUCACAGGCCCAGAAUGUCACUGCACUGCAACACACCGUACAAACCCUGCAACAGCAGACCCAGCAAUAUGAACACCGCCUCGCGGUGCUUGAGGACGCCAGGUGA